UGCAGGAAACCAGCUGAACCAUUCAGGAUGUUGAGCUGGGUGGUUAAAGUCGUUCCUCAGCCUCCUGAACUUCCACCUAAAAACACAGAGAACCCAAAGGAAGGAACACCGGCUGCCGCUCCGCCCCCUGCUGCUGCCCCGCCCCCUGUACAUGAAAAGAAGGUGAAGUUUGAAGAUGAGUGCAGAAAAGAAACUUUGAAAACUGAAAAAGCAAAGCAGGAAGCUGAGGUUGCUGCAGGUAACGGUCCGGCUCCAGGUAUGCUAACAUGGAUCAGCAGCGCUCUCCCUCAGCCAACACCCCCAACCAACCACAACCGAGCUAACGCCACUGCCAAGGAGGAAACUGCAGCAGCCAGGAAAGGGAUGAUAGCCUGGAUCUCACAGGGUUUGGAGAAAGUUGUUCCUCAGCCGGAUCUAAAGAGCAAAGAGUCGCCAGCAGCUGAGCAGCAGGUUCAGCAAACAGCAGCUCCAGCAGAACCUCAGAAUAGCGGGAAGGAACAGGAAGCAACGGACCAGACAGCUCCGCCCAGCAUGAUGGAGUGGAUCAAGCACGGCAUCGUGAAGGUGGUUCCUCAGCCUGAGAUCCCUCUGAAGACGGAGCCUGAACCCCAAGCUCCACCUAAAGGUGCUUAA